AGUUAAGCUCAUCAUGUGUUAUUGAGAUAAACAGCAGAGAUAAUAAUCUAUUCAGUUCUGAUUCGGGACGGACCGCUCGUUAGAAAUAUAAUCAAAGACGUUAUGUGAAAACUUUCAUUGUUACACAAACUAAAAAAGACUUCGAUAACUGCAGGGCUCCAAAUUUGUAAAACAGUGGAAAUUAUAGAAAUUUCGAAUUGCAGAGCUUUUUCAAACAAAAAAUGGCGACUUCAGGAGAGAAAAAAGAGAAAUCAUCAAACAAUUAUAUACACGGCAUUUACUUCCCCUCUAUAUUUAAAAAGGAAAACAUUGAAAAUGUCAUAUCCAUGAAGCCUCGAGAUGACGACAUUUUCGUGGUUACUUACCCUAAGUGUGGAACAACCUGGAUGACUUACAUUAUCUGGGAGAUACUUAAUAAAGGAGCACCACUUCCCCCUGCUAAUUCCUUGUUGUUUCAGCUUGCUCCUUUUCUGGACUUAAGUGGUACAGAGGUAGCAGAAACUAUGGAAUCACCUCGUCUUUUUCGCACUCAUCUACCUUACAGAUUGGUCCCAAAAAACCCUUCUACAAAAUACGUCUAUGUCACCAGAAAUCCCUUUGAUUGUUGUGUUUCUUUUUAUUAUCACAUGAAGGGAAUGAAGCAUAUUAGUGGGGUCAGUGGAUCUUUUGAAGACUUCUUCGAAGACUUUAUUUUGGGCAAAGUUGGAUAUGGCGAUUAUUUUGAUCAUUUGAAAGAAGGAUAUCACCACAGAAAUGACCCGAAUAUUCUUUUUGUUACCUACGAAGGAAUGAAGCAGGACCCCAAAGGUCAUAUACUGAAGGUUGCAAAGUUUAUUGGUGAAGAGCACCUGAAAUCUCUCCAAGAAAAUGAAGAAAUACUCGAGAUGAUUUUGAAGAACAGUCAAGUUUUUACCGACAAAGCUGAUCCAUCAAAUCAAAUCAAGGUAGAUUUUUUCAGGAAAGGAAUCAUCGGAGACUGGAAAAACCAUUUCUCUCCAGAACAAAAGGAACGGUUGGAACAACGGAUGAAGGAGAAACUGGAUGGCACAGAAAUUCCUUCUCUGUGGGAAGGGAUUCUUUAAAUUAUGACAUUUUGCUCUUAUGUUACUAUAAUUUGAAAAACAAACUAACAAAAUAUAUUUAUAAUCCAUUCCUAUGGCCUUCAAUGAGUAACAGAAUAUUUCUAUCAUUUUUUAUUUCUUGUUUAAGUAAAUUUCAAUUGACAGCAAUUGUUUUCCAGUCUUCAUUAAUUUUAUCCAAUUUCUAAAUGAAAGUGUAAUUUACGAACUGUAUCGGCAACAUUAAUUCUGUAUGUUCUGACCUUGGCAGUAUGGUCAUGUAUGUAUCGGCAACAUUAAUUCUGUAUGUUCUGACCUUGGCAGUAUGUCAUGUAUGUAUCGGCAA